AACUUUAGUGGGGCGGCCCUUCCCUUCUUCCUAUCAUACUCCUCCACCCACCAGGCCAACAUAUAUAUUCUCCCAAUCUCUCCAAAAAAGAAAAGAAAACAAAAAUAAUCUUUACCCUCCAAAAAAUCAUAUACCAGAUUCUCCAAAAAUGCCCGCCCGUGACGAGAUAACCUACUUCGGCGCUGGCCCCGCAAGCCUCCCAACUACCGUCCUCCAAAAUGCCUCCUCUGCAAUCCUCAACUUCCAAAACACCGGCCUUGGCCUAGCCGAGCACUCACAUCGCUCCGCCCUCUCUCAUGGCAUACUCGCAUCCACCGAAUCCUCUCUCCGUACUCUGCUGUCAAUCCCGGAAGACUACACUGUCCUCUUCAUGCAAGGCGGUGGAACCACUCAAUUCUCCGCAGUAGUAUACAACCUACUAGGUUACUGGGCAAGGAUGGACUACGUUGUUACAGGAGGGUGGAGUCAGAAGGGGAGUGAGGAAGCGAGGAGGCUGUUUGGGGAGGAGAAAGUCAAUGUGGUUACCGAUUCGAGGAAGGUUUUCGGAAGAUAUUGUGGGAUUGAAGAAGAGAAGGGGUGGAAGAGGACUGAAGGGGAGGAGAGAGUUUUCACGUACUAUUGUGAUAACGAGACGGUUGACGGGGUGGAGUUUCCUGGGUUUCCAAGGAGCUUGGAGGGUGGGGUUGUGGUGGCGGAUAUGAGUAGUAAUAUACUCAGUCGUAGAGUGGACGUUUCAAAGUUUCAUGUCAUCUUCGCUGGCGCACAAAAAAACAUCGGGAUAACCGGCCUCACAAUCGUAGUUCUGAAAUCCUCAAUUCUCCAAAUCCAACCAACCCCAGGCACGCUCCGCGCCUUGGGCCUCCCCGUCCCGCCAGUAAUGAUGUCCUACCCCAGCCUGGCAAAGCACAAUUCCCUCUACAACACCCUCCCCAUCUUCGACGUCUGGAUCGCCGGCGAGGUAAUGAAGGAGCUUGUUGCGGCCGGUGGCCUCGCAAAACAGGAAGAAGUUGCCAAUCGCAAAGCGGAGAGGCUAUACGCUGCCUUGGGGCGUGCGCCCGGGAUUUUCAAGGUCGUUCCACUCGAGGGCGCGCGCUCUAGGAUGAAUAUCUGCGUCAGGGCUCACCCUGCGGAGCUCGAGGGGGUCUUCUUGAGGGGCGCAGAGGAGAGGGGGUUGCUGGGGCUCAAGGGGCACAGGAGUGUCGGAGGUAUCAGGAUCAGUAAUUACAAUUCGAUCACUGAGGCUAGCGUGGAUAAACUGGUUCAGUAUAUUGACGAGUUUGUGCAGAAGAAUGCCUAGACUUGUAUCCGCUGAUAUUGGUGGUCAGAAUUGGUGGGAGAUAUUCUAGAUUUGAUAGGGUUUUGGGAUAAAAUGGGAAUGGGGGAGUUUAUGACCUUUACUUUAGCUCUUAGACUAGACUGUCAGAUCAUGAGUACUCA